AUGGGGUACAGCAAACAGAUUGUUAACACUUAUUUCACUGAUGAAGAAAGAAAAGAAAGGUUCAGAGCACAGUUCACAGACACUGAAGACAACGACAAGAAGUUAAAGGCAGAAUUCACAGAUGCUGAAAGCAGGGAUAAGCCGUUUAUAGGACAAUUUACGGACAUUGAGCAAAACGACAAGAAGUUUAUUUCAAAAUUCACCGAUAAUGAAAGCAACGAAGAAAAGUUUAUAGCACAAUUCACAGAUACUGAGGAUAAAGACAAGAAGCUUUUAGCACAAUUUACGGAUUCUGAGGAUAAAGACAAGAAGCUUUUAGCACAAUUUACGGAUUCUGAGGAUAAAGACAAGAAGCUUUUAGCACAAUUUACGGAUACUGAGGAUAAAGACAAGAAGCUUUUAGCACAAUUUACGGAUACUGAGGAUAAAGACAAGAAGCUUUUAGCACAAUUUACGGAUUCUGAGGAUACAGACAAGAAGCUUUUAGCACAAUUUACGGAUACUGAGGAUAAAGACAAGAAGUCUAUAGCACAAUUCACGGAUGCUGAGGAUAAAGACAAGAAGUUCAUAUCACACUUCACGGAUACUGAGGAUAAAGACAAGAAGUCUAUAGCACAAUUAACGGAUGCUGAGGAUAAAGACAAGAAGUCUAUAGCACAAUUAACGGAUGCUGAGGAUAAAGACAAGAAGUCUAUAGCACAAUUAACGGAUGCUGAGGAUAAAGACAAGAAGUCUAUAGCACAAUUAACGGAUGCUGAGGAUAAAGACAAGAAGUCUAUAGCACAAUUAACGGAUGCUGAGGAUAAAGACAAGAAGUCUAUAGCACAACUCACGGAUGCUGAGGAUAAAGACAAGAAGAAUCAUGCGCAAGUCACGGACAAUGAACACAAUGAAGAGUUACAUAAAGAAGUCACAGAUACCGAAAAAAAUGAUAAUAAGGCAGAAAAUGAAGCCACGGAUAAAAAAAGCAAUAAAAAGAAGAAGAAAGACGAUUACCAGGAGAACCUUUUCAAAAAUUUUCCGAUGGGUGAAAUCUCAGACCUCUUUGGGACCAACCAACACUACAACAUUCCCUCCAAUUAUCAAGAUUUCGGAAGACGUUUUGUACCUCAAUAUCUAUAUACUAAAAAGAAGAGUUUAGACGAACUGGCGGAGGAAAAACUACAUGAUGAUGUUCAGCAAUUUAUUGAAGAUAGGGAAAAGGAUAAGGAAAUAGUACCAGUUAAGGCUCCACCAGAAUUUGUCCUCAAGAUAGCUAAGACGUCAGCAAUUUUAGAAAAAUCUAAGCCUGUUAAUCCAUCAGACGAGUUUAUACAGAAGGACAUACUGAGAUCUGGGAAUUAUUGGAAUGAUGUUUGGGUAGAAGAAGUAAAUCCAAAGAAGUUAUUGCGUACAUCCCAUAGCAAUCAGCCCGAAUCCGUUAAAGUAGAAAUAAUGCCUGGUUCAAAACUAUACAGACUUGUGUCUUUACUCAAAGAAAAGUCACCGCGUCUCCUUUACGUCAUAAAUAAAAGUGACUAAUUAAAUUUA